AUGCUCUAUCACCCCAAAGACUCUACAUGUACAUGGUUUACUCUUGUAAAACUUGUAAUACCCAUAUAUCAGCAUCAGGUACCCGUCCGUACCUUCAGCGCAAAACAAUUGGGCAAUAAAUGGGGAAAGUUGCCAGUUAAUGUAGGUAUCUGCUUGGAUAUAAAUAUAGCACUACCUGGGCAUGUACAAUUAUCUACAUUUUGUCGGGGCGCGGAGGGUCAGGCCCUAGCCUCUCAUCACCUGGCCCGACUUGCAAAGAAAGGAGGCCACUACUCUACUUACAAGCUUUGA